GGAGAUUUCAAAUUGUACAUUCGGUUUAACAUGGACGACUCAGAAGUUCAAAAUGUUUGACAUAUAACUUCGUUAACUUGAUAAAUUUCAUUGAAUUAUUCGAAAUAUUCAUUAUUUUCCGAUUAAUACCAACAGUUAACAAAGAUUUCGAGUCAUUGUAACUAUUGUAUCAGUGCUUAUAAAAUGAAUAAAUGGAAACAAGGUUCAAUAAAGGUUUUUACAAAAGAAGAAUGGAACAUGAAGGAAAAGAUGUGUAAAAACCUAACCUUUAACAAUGUUAAAACUUCAAAUUCUGCUUCAGCAGCGUUAUUUAAUACAACAAUAUUCGACGGAAGAGGUACAUUCAAUGUAAUUAAAACUUCAAAUUCUGCUUCAAAAAAGAGGAAAAAUAAUAUAAAGGCACGUGAUGACAACACCAGGAUCAAUGAAAUUAAUAUGCAAAUGCUGUCAAAGUCAUUACACGAACAAAUAUUUAAAAAUUGUUCUAAACAAGAGAAGUUAUCAAAGGAGGAAAUAAAAUCUAUAAAAAAUAAUUUAAAGGCAUAUGGGAUAAAAACUACAGAUGCAUCUAGAUUACCAAAUGUAGAUCUUAAAUUACCUCAGUUAGAAGGUAAUGAUAUAGAGCAACAUUUUUAUAACAUUGGUCGAGCACAAGUUGAGCCUUAUUUGGCAAUUGUGAAAAGGAUUAUAAAAAAUAUUCCUAAAAUGCCAGAUCAAUGGUUAUUAAAUGAAGGAUGGACCAGAUAUACAAUUGAUGGAGCAGAAUCUGUAGAUUACCCAUUAGAGGAUGGUAUUAUUUUUGAUGUAGAAGUUUGUGUGAAAGAGAGUCCUUUACCAGUAAUCGCUACUGCAGUAUCAACUGAAGCAUGGUAUGGUUGGGUGUCAAAAUCUAUAAUAGAUGGGGUGGCCAGAUCAUACGAGGGUCAACAGUUUACUACAGAUCAGUUGAUACCAAUAGAAAGUAAACCUACAGAGCACGGGGAGAAAUUGUCUGAUUUUCAGAAGAAACCAAAGAUUCUAAUAGGUCAUAAUGUAUCAUUCGACAGAAGUAAGAUUAAAGAACAAUAUUGGUUGAAUUCUACUGGAUUAAGAUUCAUCGAUACAAUGUCCCUUCAUGUAUCUGUAAGUGGAAUUAAUAGUUUCCAAAGAUCAAUUCUAAAUACAAAGAAAAAUACCACAGAGAAGACAAAUUUGCAAACUAGAACUUGUUUGAAUAGUUUGGCAGAAAUUCACAAAUUUUAUUGUGGCUAUGAAAUAAGUAAGGAAGCCAGAACUGUACUUAUAGAGGGAACUUCAAGUGAUAUAAAAAAGAAUUUCAAUUUUUUUAUGACAUACUGCGCAAACGAUGUGCUUGCAACGUACAAUGUGUUAUCUCAUUUAUUUCCCAUGUUUGAAGAAAGGUUUCCUCAUCCUGUUACUUUAGCAGGAAUGUUGGAGAUUGGAACUGCGUAUUUACCUGUUAAUUCUAAUUGGCAUAGGUACAUAGAUGAGUCAGAGUCUACAUUCAAAGAUUUAAACUAUGAGACCAAAUUAAUUCUCUCUCAAAGAGCCGAUGUUGUGUGUAAACUUAUGCACAACGAGAAAUAUAAAGAAGAUUUAUGGAUGUGGAAUGAGGAUUGGAGUACUCAGAGCAUCAAAUUGAAAUCAUCAAAAUUGUAUAAGGAUCUAAAAAACAGAUUUGUACCACCAGUUAAAACAGAUAAAACAACUGAUGCACAGAAUUAUCUUACAGAUGAUGAAGAUAAUGAAGAUCCUUUAGAAACGGAAUUUGCAUAUUUACAGGAAACAAGAAAACUUUUACCUUCUAAAAUACCACAUAUGGCAGGAUACCCAGCAUGGUAUAGAAAACUUUGUUUUAAAUUCAAUGACAAGGACUGGGUGCCAGGACCAUGCAAUAUAAGUACAGCUAUGCAAAUUGUUCCAAAACUUCUAAACCUUACAUGGGAGUCUUAUCCUUUACACUACAGAAGAAAUUAUGGUUGGGGGAUUUUGGUACCCUUUAAAAAUGAUUUAAAUAUACAAACUAACAUACCUCUGAAACAGCUUUUGGCCCAAUGUUCUUUGAGAAAAAUAGAUUAUUCCUCUGAUGAAACAGAGUAUGCAAUGUCAACUCUCGAUAAAAAUGUGGAAAGCAACUUAAGCAAACCAGAUUCUUGGUAUACUAAUAAAAAGAAAAAAGAGGACUGCCAUGGCAUUAAUAACAUCUAUGAAGGUACUGCAAUAUGGUGUAACGAAAUUGUGGAUAAUUGUUGUUACUUCCUCAAGCUUCCACAUAAAGAUGGAGCAAAUUGUAAUGUUGGCAAUCCUCUGGCUAAAGAUUUCUUGAACAAGUUUUCUGAAAAUGUCCUUGCUAGCUCCGAACAGAGUGCAACAGAAAUUUUAAAAAUCGCUAAAACACUUUCGUAUUGGAGAAAUAACAGAGAUAGAAUAAUGUCACAAUUUGUAGUGUGGCUUGACAACUUCAAUUUAUCAGAUACUGUUACAGGAAUUGAAAAGUCAUUCCGUUAUGGUGCGAUCAUACCAUUGGUUGUUGCAUGUGGUACAUUAACCAGGCGUGCAGUGGAGUCCACAUGGAUGACUGCUUCUAAUGCCCACCCUGAUCGUGUUGGUUCUGAAUUAAGGGCUAUGAUACAAGCUCCUCCAGGAUACAACAUCAUUGGAGCUGAUGUGGAUAGUCAAGAGCUAUGGAUUUCAUCUAUGUUGGGUGACGCUUACUAUAAAAAAGUUCAUGGAUCUACACCCUUUGGCUGGAUGACCGUGAUAGGCACUAAAUCUAACGAAACUGACAUGCAUAAUGUUACUGCAAAAGCUGUCGGGAUAUCAAGGGAUCAAGCCAAGAUAAUUAAUUAUGCCAGAAUUUAUGGUGCAGGACAAAAAUUUGCAGAAAGACUCCUAAAACAGUUUAAUCCAUCAAUGACUAAUGAAGAAGCUGCGUCCAAGUCUCGAAAGAUGUUUACUAUAACUAAAGGCAAGAAAGUGUACAGAUUAAAGCCUGAACUGUUGGCUAAUAAUGAUCUGGAUGAUGUCGAGUAUUCAUCUUACAAUGCUUACAAAAUAUCCAAAAUGCUUAAAAAGAGGUUGCCUGAGGUGUUCGGGAGAAACACAUGGGUAGGUGGUUCAGAAUCAGCCAUGUUCAAUAGAUUAGAGGAAAUUGCUGAUAGUCCUCAGCCUGUCACUCCCUUCUUGAACUGUAGACUGACCAAAGCUCUGGAAAUGGAAGGCUCCAGCAGCUAUUUACCCACAAAAGUGAAUUGGGUAGUUCAAAGUGGCGCAGUUGAUUUUCUACACUUGAUGCUGGUUUCAAUGAGGUGGCUCAUGAAAGACAACAUAAGAUUCUGUUUAUCGUUUCACGACGAAGUACGGUACCUGGUACCGUCGCAGUACAAGUACAAUGCCGCUCUUGCCAUGCACGUUACCAAUCUUCUGACACGAUGCUUCUGUGCUUCGAGAGUGGGUAUAAAUGAUCUCCCAAUGUCGGUGGCAUUUUUCACGUCCGUAGAAGUGGACACUGUGUUGCGCAAAGAGUCCAAGGAUAACUGCAAGACACCCUCGAAUUCUCAUGGUCUACAGAAUGGAUAUGAAAUUCCACCAGGCGAGAGUUUAGACAUAUGGACCACCAUAGAGAAAUCUGGUGGCUCCUUUGGGCCAUGGCACGAUACAGAAAAAGAAAAAAAAUUGUCUGAUGAAGAAACAGUUCGAAAUAAAAGUAGACAAUAAUAUUCUUAUACAAAAGCAUUUUUGUUCCUAGCUAUUGAGCUUGUACUAAAACGUUGUUACACGAUACAAAAAUUGUUAUUUCGUUUUACGAUGAAAGUUUUAUAUAUACAUACACAUAUACAUAUAUAUUUUUUUUGUUACUUUUAAAC